AGAAAUUUGUUCUGGGAAAACACAAAAAAACACUGAAAAUGUUUUCAUUUUACAUUUCUGUUUAAACCCAAACUGCCAAAACACUUUUUACAAAUUUCUACGACAUUUUCGUUUUUCUUUUUCUCUUUCUCUCUGUCACCCUCUCUCUCUUGCAAGGAAAAAGGUGUUAGCUUUCGUGGGUUUAAGAGAAAAAUGGGAGAAAAUGACAGGGAAAACAAAAAGAGGAAAGUCAUUGAUGAAACUCCUACUAUCAGUCUCAAAGUAAAAAGUCAGGACAAUGAUGAGCGUUACUUCAGGAUCAGACGUGACUCCCCAUUACUGAGGCUUAUGAGAGCUUACUGUGAGAAGAAACAAUUUGAGUUUAGGUACAUUAGAUUCUUUUAUGAUGGCCAAUAUAUUCGUCCAAACCAAACACCGGACUCGCUUGGCUUGGAAGAUGGUGCCGAAAUUGAUGCAUUGACUCCCCAGUCUGGAGGCGGUUGGAGAAGUUUUUGACUGCUUAUGAAGGCUUGGAAUGUUGCUAUUUUGAAGUUAAAAAGUAGAGGAAAAGGUUAACUUAUAUAUAUAUAUAUAUAUAUGCAGUAUAGAUUUAAAAGAGUUGAUUUGAGGAAGGGAAAAUAGGGGAGAGUGAAAAUUUUAUCAGCAGAUGUCUCACUGUUAAUGAUUUGUUGAUUACUUUUUCCUCCCAAGAAAUAUAUGAGACUUAUUUCAUA